GCUCCCUCUGCACACCGCUUCCAGUUGCCUCUUCACCUCCUCUAGCUCCAGGGAGGCUGCACUUGAGCCGAUUUCUGGAGUUUCGAGAAAGCAACUCCUGCAAGUUCUACUAGGUUCCACUGCGCAGCUACAUAGGGAGGGGGACGCGUGGGAGCCCUGGGUCCCGGCGCGCACCCACUGAGCAGCUUUCUCCCUCUCUUGCCCUAGUCAUGGAAGGGAUGGAGGACGCCGAGGCCGAUUGCUCUGUUGCAUUCGCGGAGGCUCAGCGAUGGGUGGAGGCUGUAACUGAGAAGAAUUUUGAAACAACGGAUUUCCGAGCCUCUCUAGAAAACGGUGUCCUGUUGUGUGAUUUGAUUAAUAAGCUCAAACCUGGAGUCAUUAAGAAGAUCAAUAGACUGUCUACCCCAAUAGCAGGUUUGGAUAACAUAAACGUUUUUUUGAGAGCUUGUGAACAGAUUGGAUUGAAAGAAGCCCAGCUUUUUCAUCCCGGGGAUCUACAGGAUUUAUCAAACCGAGUCACCGUCAAGCAAGAAGAAACUGACAGGAGACUGAAAAAUGUUUUGAUAACUUUGUACUGGCUGGGAAGAAAAGCACAAAAUAACCCCUACUAUAAUGGUCCCUAUCUCAAUUUGAAAGCUUUUGAGACUCUUUUAGGACAAGCUUUGACUAAGGCACUUGAAGAUUCGAGCUGCCUGAAAAGAAGUGGCCGGGACAGUGGCUACGGGGAUAUCUGGAGUCCUGACAGAGGAGAAUUCCCUGCCCCUCCAGGCGGCCACAGGAGGGACGAUUCCUUUGAAAGCUUGGAGUCCUUGGGGUCCAGAUCGCUGACCAGCUGCUCUUCAGACCUCACGCUUAGAGGUGGGAAGGAAGGUUGCGAAAGCGACAUCGAUUGGGAAUUUACAUUCAAAAUGCAGGAUUAUAACAAAGAUGAUAUGUCCUACCGAAGGAUUUCAGCCAUCGAACCAAAGUCGGCUCUCCCGUUCAAUCGUUUCUUGCCUAACAAAAGCAAGCAGCCAUCCUACGUGCCGGCGCCUUUGCGGAAGAAGAGACCAGACAAAAAUGAGGACAACAGAAGAAGCUGGGCGAGCCCUGUCUACACCGAAACGGACGGAACAUUUUCCAGUACCCAGAGGAGAACUUGGGGUCCCAAGAUGGAGAACUGGCACACAGUCCAAGAAACUUCCACCUCCUCUUGGUGUUUAGAAGAGGAAGAAGAAAGAAUCACACGCAUGCCCAACCUUGUGAAGGACGAUCUCUAUGUGCGGAAGCUUAGCCCGGCCACGCCAAGCCCAGGGAGUUCUUUUGAUCAGUUCCUUCCUAAAUGUUGGACCCCAGAGGAUAUGAACUGGAAAAAAAUAAAAAGAGAGACUUAUAAGCCAUGGUAUAAGGAAUUUCAGGGAUUCAGUCAGUUUUUAUUGCUUCAGGCCCUCCAAACCUACUCUGAUGACAUCUUGUCCUCGGAAACAAAUGUCAAACUCGAUCCUACCUCUGGCCCACGGCUCAUAACUCGCAGGAAGAAUCUCUCACCCGCACCAGGCUAUCGAGCCCACGACCUUGAGCUGCCAGCCCUGGAUCCCGACUUAGAAAAUGACGAUUUCUUUGUCAGAAAAACGGGGGCUUUCCACGCAAACCCGUGUGUUCUUCGAGCCUUUGAAGACUUUAGACGGUUCUCGGAGCCGGACGAUGCGGUGGAACGAGAUAUAAUUUUGCAGUGUCGGGAAGGUGAACUCGUGCUUCCAGAUUUAGAAAAGGAUGAUAUGGUUGUUCGCAGGAUCCCAGCUCAGAAGAAAGAAGUGCCCCUUUCCGGGGCCCCCGAUAGAUACCAACCAGUCCCGUUCCCUGAACCCUGGACCCUGCCUCCGGAAAUCCAAGCGAAAUUUCUCUCUGUGCUCGAAAGGACGUGCCCGCCCAAAGAAAAAAGCAGUAGCUGUAGAGUAUUAGUGCCUUCCUACCGGCAGAAGAAAGACGACAUGUUGACUCGAAAGAUCCAGUCUUGGAAGCUGGGCACUGCUGUGCCUCCUGUCAGCUUCAAGCCUGGUCCCUGCAGCGAGGCUGACCUACGGAAGUGGGAGGCCAUCCGGGAGGCCAGCAGGCUUAGGCACAGGAAGCGGCUGAUGGUCGAGAGACUCUUUCAAAAGAUUUAUGGUGAGAAUGGGAGCAAGUCGAUGAGUGAUGUUAGCGCAGAGGAUGUUCAGAGCCUGCGUCAGCUGCGCUACGAGGAGAUGCAGAAAAUAAAAUCCAAGUUGAAGGAGCAAGAUCAGAAAUGGCAGGAUGACCUUGCAAAAUGGAAAGAUCGUCGGAAGAGUUACACUUCAGACCUGCAGAAGAAAAAGGAAGAGAGGGAAGAGAUUGAGAAGCAGGCACUCGAGAAGUCUGACCGAAGCUCCAAGACGUUUAGGCAAAUGCUGCAGGACAGGGAAUCUCAAAGUUCUACAAUUACGUCUCGGAGGAGGAUCUAUUCCUCUGAUGACAUCCUGGAUGAUGGAGUGCUCCCUCCUACAGUGACUCUGUCAGAAACUAGUUACCAGAUGGAGAGACUAGAAGACAAGACAAGAGCUCAUCCCGCUGAGAUGCCCAAAGAAGAUUCCAUAACAAUUACAUAUAGAGAGGACAGUGUAGCAGCCGAGGUUCAGCUGCUUGCUCAUCCUGUUCCUGAAGAGCCACGUCUGGCCCCUUCGCUUUCUGCAGAACCACGCCAGGCCUCCUUAUCCUCUGCAGAAUUGUACCAGACCCGGUUGCCUUCCGCAGAACCGCGCCAGGCCUCCUUAUCCUCUGCAGAACCGCACCAGGCCUCUUUAUCUUCUGCAGAACUGCACCAGGCCCCGUUGCCUUCUGCAGAAUUGAACCAGGCCCGGUUGCCUUCCGCAGAACCGCGCCAGGCCUCCUUAUCCUCUGCAGAACCGCACCAGGCCCCGUUGCUGUCCGCAGAACCGAGCCAGGCCUCCUUAUCUUCUGCAGAACCGCACCAGGCCCCAUUGAUGUCCACAGAACCGCACCAGGCCCCAUUGCCUUCUGCAGAACCACGCCAGGCCCCAUUGAUGUCCACAGAACCGCACCAGGCCUCUUUAUCUUCUGCAGAACCGCACCAGGCCUCUUCCGCACUACAGCGUCCAUCCUCACUCUCUUCUCAGCAGUCAUGGAGUACAAGAACAGAGUCAACUCGGAUUUCAGCUUCUCUCCCUAGAAGUUACCAGAGAUCCGAUACAGCCAGGUUAACAUCUGUGGUCACAGCGAGACCUUUUGGCACAUCAUCAAGGGGAAUCUCGCCACUGCCCAGAUCCUACACGAUGGAUGACGGAUGGAAAUACAACGGCCACGUCGAAGUUGUCAAGAGAGAGCAAGCUGAUUCGGGCAGAGCCACCGGCCAGAAGCCUGGCUCCAGCCACCAUAUUUCCAGCUCCUCCAGCGAGAAGGAGGCAGCCACAGGAGAAGAUGUGGCCAGCUUGCCCUCCCCCACACUCCCUCCCUCCUCUCUCUCCCACAACCAGGCAGCCUCUUCCAAAGCCACGUUCUCAUCGUUCUCAUCGACGUCUGGUCUGGAUUCAGUGUCUGACUCUGGAGAAGGGAGAAGCUCACCACUGAGCGAAGUUUCCAGGUCCCUGGAUCAGUUCAGCGAUAUGAGAAUCAGCAUAAACCAGACGCCCGGGAACAAACAUGCCUUUGGGUUUACAAUAAAAUGGGAUGUCUCUGGGAUCUUCGUAGCAUCAGUUGAAAAAGGUAGCCCAGCAGAAUUUUCUCAGCUGCAGGUAGAUGAUGAAAUUCUCGCCAUCAAUAACACCAAGUUUUCAUAUAAGGAUACAAAAACGUGGGAGGAAGUUAUGGCGAAUGCCCAAGAAACUGGAAACUUAGUAAUGGACGUCCGGCGCCAUGGAAAGUCCGGUUCACCUGAAACAAAGUGGAUCGAUACAACAUCAGGAAUUUACAACACAGACAAGUCUUCAAGUCUCUCAGUAACAACUGAUUUCUCUGAAAGCCUUCAGAGUCCUUAUACUGAAUCCAAAGAAAUCAAUGGAAUUCAUGAGGAAAGCAGCACCUUUGAUUCAAAAGCAUCAGAAUCCAUUUCUUUGAAAAAUUUAAAAAGGCGAUCACAAUUUUUUGAACAAGGAAGCUCCGAUUCUGUGGCUCCUGAUCUUCCGGUUCCAACCCUCAGUGCCCCGAGUCGCUGGGCUUGGGAUCAAGAGGAGGAGAGACGGCGGCAGGAGCGGUGGCAGAGAGAGCAAGACCGCCUACUGCAGGAAAAAUACCAACGUGAGCAGGAGAAGCUGAGGGAGGCGUGGCAGAGAGCGCAGCAGGAGGCUGAGAGGGAGAACUCCAAGUACCUGAAUGAGGAGCUGAUGGUCCUACGUUCCAACAGCAUUUCUCUGACCUCCCCGGAGCCCGUGGCGGCCUCCUGGGAACACACCUGGAGUGAAGGGUCCAAGUCUGUGGACAGGGAAGGCACCCGAGCGGGAGAGGAGGACAGGGGACAGCAGGAGGACGAUGCUGUGUGUGAGGACCACAGUCGGAAGCUGCAGGAACAGCUCAUGAUUGAGCAGGAGAGGAAAUGGAAGGAGCAAGAGGCUCAGGAAGAGGCGCUCCGGAAGCAGCAGGAGGCCAAGGCCCAGGCCCGGGCGGAGGCAGAGGCCCAGGCCCAGGCCCAGGCCCAGGCCCAGGCGGAGGCUGAGGCUCAGAAACGCGCUGAGGCACAGAAGCUCCAGGCGGAGAGGGAACGUGAAACUUCGGUCAAAAUAUACCAGUACCGGAGGCCUAUUGAUUCCUACGAUCUACCAAAGAGAGAAGACGACUCUUCAGGGUUGCUUUCGGCUGACAGGAGUAAAUCAAGAUCUACUACAGAACUAAAUGACCCCCUCAUAGAGAAAAAUGGAAGCAGCAAAUAUUCAGAGAGAAUUGGGACCACUAGCUUUUCACAAAGGAGUUCUAAGAAGGAUCAAGGCCCCUCAGAAGCAGAGUUGGAGAGACAGCAAAUCCUUCAGGAAAUGAGGAAGAGAACGUCUCUCCACAAUGACAAUAGCUGGAUCCGACAGCGCAGUGCCAGUGUAAACAAGGAGCCUAUUUGCUUGCCUGGGAUCAUGAGGAGAGGGGAGUCUCUGGACAAUCUGGAUUCCCAGCGGCCGGGUUCUUGGAGGCAGUCCCCUUGGCACAGCCAGCCUGCAGGAGUCUAUGCGUCUUCCUCUGUGCAAGACUUCAGUCGCCCCCCACCACAGCUGGUGUCUACGUCAAACCGCACCUAUAUGCGGAACCCAUCGUCUGCGGUGCCGCAGUCUCCAGUUGGCUCCGUGAAGACCUCCCCAGGGUCUCCCUCGCCACGCAGCCACUCCCCUUCCAUGACGCAGUCAGGCUCUCAGCUACGUAACAGGUCAGUGAGUGGGAAGCGCGUGUGCUCCUACUGUAAUAAUAUUCUGGGCAAAGGAGCUGCCAUGAUCAUCGAGUCCCUGGGUCUUUGUUAUCAUUUACAUUGUUUUAAGUGUGUCUCCUGUGGCUGCGACCUUGGAGGCUCUUCCUCAGGAGCCGAAGUCAGAAUCCGAAACCACCAACUCUACUGCAAUGACUGCUAUCUCCGAUUCAAAUCUGGACGGCCAACCGCCAUGUGAUGUAAGCCUCCAUUCGAAAGCACUGUUGCAGAUAGAAGAGGAGGCAGUUGUCCCCGAUGCACAACUGUAAAGAUGCUGUAUGUCUCUUCC